UGGGUCGACUAGCUAGUUUGCAGGAGCUAACAGCAGAUGCUGAUGUGUCACUACUCUCCAGAUGUCCCGUUUUCCUGAAAUGAAGCUCACUAUAAAGACGAGAUAGCAGCCCACGAUGGACUCCUCUGCAGCGGAAGCUUCGACCCCGAGUGAAAGAAAAGACGACACCGCACCAAGUACCUCAAAUAAAACCUCUCGAGGAGGAGACGGACCAAAGUCGAAGAAGACAUCGUUGAAGAGGAAAGCAGGGGAAACAAAAAAUGCAAAGACAAAGAAGCCAAAAAAGGCACGAGUCUCCCGGCCUGCCCAGCCUGGCUACACUGUCCAUCAAGGGGAAGACAUGCUACUGGUCAUAGCAAGUUCCACUUCUCAGUAUGACGGCUCAGUCUGGAAGCCUCCAAAGAAGGGAGGCAAAAAGAAAAGGCUCGCUAAAGGGAAAUUAAAAGCAGCAAAGAAGAAGAAAAAACCCACAGUCCGUGCUAAACCUAAACCAGCAAGUGAUCCUGUCCCCAAACCAGAAGAGAGCGCUGCAGUUUUUGUGCCUGAGAAGCCAGCGGAUCAUCGAUGGGGGGAAAGAUUACCUGAGGAGGUGCUGGUCAAUAUAUUUCAGAUGGUGGUUGUCCAAGACGGAGCGGUACCAUUUUUAUGCAGGGUCGGGAGAGUCUGUCGGCUGUGGAACGCCGCCGCCUCCAGCCCGGUCCUGUGGCGUAAAGUGACGGUGGGUCACUGCUGGAUCGCUCCGGGGAAAACACAGCUCCCGAAAACUGAGAAGAGGAUUCAGGAGACUUUUGACUGGCUGGCGCAGAACAGAUUUUCUCAGCUACGAGACUUUUCUCUCUGUCACUGGAAAAAGAACAAUGACUUCGCAGUCGAGGUUGUUUCGCAGUUCUGCCCUCACCUUCGCUCCCUCACACUUUCUUACUGCACAGGCCUGACAGCGAGCGCCUUCCAGAGCCUCGGUCUGCACAGCCGCUCGCUACAGAGCUUAAAUCUCCAGUAUUCAGAGUUUCAGGUUGAUGGCCUCCUGGAGUACCUGGAGAAUCAUGGGAGCCAGAUCAAGCAGAUUUGGUUCACUCAUGGAAUAAAGAAUGACAGACUUCUGACCACCCUCACUAGGGGGUGUUGUCCUGAACUGGAUUUGCUGGAGGUCAGCACAAAGCUCGACAGCAAAGACUGUGAACUUCCCAUUUGCAUCCAGGCUCUGCAGGGGGCGUGUCCCAAACUCAAGACCUUCCGUAUGCUGAAUGUCCGACCUCUGCACAAGACCAUGCGUAAUGGUGCCGACUCAACCUCAGGCUUCCCGUUGUUGGAGGAGCUUUGCAUUGCAACCACGUCUUACUCCUACAUGAGUGACAAAGACCUGUUGGACAUCCUCUACGGCUCCACCAAGCUGCGGGUGCUGGACUUGCGAGGCUGUUCGCGAAUAACUCCAUCGGGUCUCGCAGCGUUACCCUGUCCCGAGCUGGAGUGUCUGUUCUGGGGACAGUAUUUCAGCAGCCAUACCGGGUUGUCCUCGCAUAAGAAGGGACUUCACAUGGUGACACAGAAGUGGAGUCAGACUUUGCAGCAGCUCGACAUUGCAAACCAGCUCUUUGUUGAGGAGGACCUGGAGAUCGCGAUGAGUUACCUGGCGCAGGCCACAGAGGCAGACACGCUGCGUUCACUCAACCUGAGUGGAACGAGGAUCACAUCCCCGGCCCUCAGGUCAGUCGUCGGCCGGAUGACUUCUCUUAAUUACCUCAACCUUUCUUCCUGCCGCUAUCUACCAAGAGGAGUCAAGAGACUUUACCGUGGCACAGAAGACAUUCGCCAGCUGCUGGACAAAUUGGAGUAGCUCAUUUUGCACUGGAAUGUCUUGAAACUUUCUAACUUGUAUAUAAUGUUAUCCAGGUUCUAUGUUUGUUCACACCAAACGGAUGCAGAGCGCUCCAUCAAUCCAGGGAGAAAACCUGCAGGUGCUACACACAUUAUAACAGCUCAGUCUACAUUACAAUUUUAAAGAGUCACAUUCACAUGUUUGAGUCAGAAGCUUUUGAACGUCUCCAUGUGUCCUGUUGUUAUUGAAAUGCACAUGGUGUCAUGUCUCUGUGUUCUCUUUAAUUAAAGCUAAUAAUGAAUAAAUGACACUGUUUGAGAAUAAGGAAUCAUAAAACCUCUUUGACACAUUCAGCAGCACACGUUCACGUCGUUUACUUAUUUUAGACCAAGUUACAGUAAUUCCAGGCAAAGGUUUGUCAAGAAAUAUUUGAAUUAAAAACUGUUCAAGUUUCCAUAUCCUUCCACUAGGGAGUGUUGUUCUCUCAGCUGAAUGUGCAUGAAGACCAACAGAGGCCUGUUUUGGAAGGUCUCACAAUUAAAUGUCAAUGCCUCAGUCACUUCACACCUUUUUUUUUUUACUACAUGUGUUUAUAUUGUAUUUGCUACAUUUGAAAUAAAUGAAUGUACAUUUGUCGUGUACAUCAACAUGAGAAAUGGAAAAAGCAAAGAAAAGCUGUAGUUGUAUCUUGUUUAUUGAGCCACAGUCAAGUUUUUACAAUAAUAAAAGUCUUGAAAAAGCU